CCACACAAGUUUCCCUGAUUCCAAGAAACAACAAUGGAGAAUAGAGAAAUUAAGCCACAGCUGAAGAGGGGUCUUUGGAAACCAGAGGAGGAUCUGAUUUUGAAAAAUUACGUGGAGACGCACGGCGAGGGCAAUUGGGCAACUGUGUCUAAGAGAUCAGGGCUGAUGAGGGGAGGGAAGAGUUGCAGGCUGAGAUGGAAGAAUUACCUGAGACCCAACAUCAAAAGGGGCGGGAUGUCUGAGGAGGAAGAAGAUCUCAUCAUCCGCAUGCACAAGUUGCUAGGAAACCGAUGGUCGCUAAUCGCGGGACGACUUCCGGGUCGUACAGACAAUGAAGUGAAGAAUUACUGGAAUACCCAUUUGAACAAGAAGUGCCUUCUAGGCAAAAGAAAAACCCUCGACACAAACAUCCACACUCAUGCCCACGAGGAGAACAAGCUGAACGGUGAGAAACGGCAGCGAUUGGAUAAUUCUCCGCCCACUUGCAAUAAGGGAACACCGGUAUGUAGUACUGCCGAGGGGGGAUCCGAGGGGGAGAAAGAGGUGAAGGAAGAGAGUAAUGUUGGUGAUAAUUGGAUGGAAGAUGUUGACUGCUUCAAGCGCGAGGUGGAUUCUCCCUUGAUGCUUCUCGGAAACUCUAUGUUUGCUCUAAAUGAUGAGCCAUUCGCUGCAAGCUGGGAUUCCUUUCCACUGUUUGAAACGUAUGGUUGCAGUGGCGAGGAGACAUUGAGUGAAUUUUUGCGAGGGUUUUGGCAAUGAGAUUGCCUUUUGCAUUUUAUGUAAUGAAAUGUUUGGAAUUAACAUUAACAAAAAAAAAAAAAAAAAUGUUUGAUAAGAAGGGGCUUUCCCUUUUCAUGAUUGUUAACUAAAAUUCCUCAAUCUGU